AUGGUUGAUUGUCGAAGUUUGAUUGAGUUUUGUAGGGCAUAUGAGCAGCACAAAAACAUGAUCAGAUUCAAUUCCAAUAUCAACAAAAAAAAUUCAUAUAAUAAUCAGAAAAAUUCCUUUUGCUGUGAUCACUCUCCUUUUGCUGUAUCACUUGAUGCAUUUAUAUUACUUUUAGUACUCGGAUCACUAGGGUUUCUAUUAAUCCCUUAUUUCAAAUUAAUUUUCACCCAAAUUUCUCCGAUUAUAGUUGAAGUUUUGAUCGAGGUGAUCAACAAUUCGCCUGUAGCGUAUUUCGUCGGAUUGUUUGUGGCGUUGAUUGGAGUAAUUAUUUUGAUUGUAAUUUGGGAAAUUACUGAUUUGAGAUCGAGGAAGUGUGGUAAUCCGAAUUGUCAGGGUUUAAGAAGAGCAGUUGAAUUUGAUAUACAAUUAGAAUCGGAGGACUGCAUAAAGUGUUUGCCAUCGGAUCGGGAUUUGAAUUCGAGCUCGUUUUAUGAUUAUGGAGUGAAGCCGCUGGUGUUAGGGGAAGAACGAAAAGAGUUGGAGGCAGAGUUGAAGAGGAUGGCGCCGCGUAAUGGACGGACUGUGCUUAUUUUCAGAGCUCCAUGUGGAUGCCCUGCAGGUAGAUUGGAAGUUUGGGGGAAUAAGAAAAUUCGUAGAAUUAAGAAAUGA